AUCGCAAUUUAGUUUUUGCAGUCCAUAGGGUUGUGCUUAAUAUGUGGCUCUUUCGAUUUGUGGUAGCUCAAGUUUUAUUGGCUUGCAUAGCCAUGGCCUUGCCUGCUGACGUCGGGCGAAGCAGUUCAACUACAACGGUAUCUCUUGUGAAGCAGUUUGGCUAUCCCAUUGAAGAGCAUGAAGUGCAAACAUCUGAUGGAUACAUUCUUACCAUGCAUCGCAUUCCCUACUCUAAGCACACUGGCUAUACGGGAAAACGUCCAGUGAUAUUCCUCAUGCACGGUUUGUUGUGCUCGUCAUCCGAUUGGGUUCUAAGCGGACCCGACAAUGGCUUGGCCUUCAUUCUGUCCGACCUUGGCUAUGAUAUCUGGAUGGGCAACGCUCGCGGCAACACAUACUCUAGACGACAUGCUUCGAAGACUCCAUUGCUGCAGCCAUUCUGGAACUUUGAAUGGCAUGAUAUUGGUAUCUACGAUUUGCCCGCCAUGUUAGACAACGUAUUGUACCAAACUGGCCAGGAUCAAUUGCAGUAUAUUGGCCACUCUCAGGGAACAACUUCAUUCUUUGUACUUAAUUCUAUGAUUCCGCGUUUCAAAAGUCGCAUACGCUCGGCUCACUUGCUCGCUCCGGUCGCCUGGAUGGGAAAUGCUGAGAGUCCAUUGGCCAAGGUCGCUGGUCCACUGUUUGGACAGCCAAACGCAUUGGUUGAGCUAUUUGGCAGUGCUGAAUUCUUGCCAAGUUCAAAGGCCAUGGAGCUGAUGGGCUCGCUCUUGUGCCGCGAUGAAGCCAUUUCUCAAGUGAUAUGCUCAAAUGUGCUCUUCAUGUUGGGCGGCUGGGAUUCUCCGUAUUUGAACACUACACUGAUUCCCGAAAUUAUGGCCACGACGCCAGCUGGUUGCUCAAUCAAUCAAAUGUUCCACUAUCUGCAGGAAUACAACUCCGGAGACUUCCGUCAAUUUGACUAUGGCUCAGUGAGAAACAAGAAGGAGUACGGAAACAAGAACCCACCAAAUUAUGAUGUGGAAGGAAUUGAUGUUCCCAUAUAUCUAUACUACAGUGAUAAUGACUAUUUUGCCAGUCUUAUUGAUGUCGAUACACUGCGUCGUACCAUGAAUCCUUCAUCUCUUAAACGUUCCUAUCGCAUGCCAGAGGUAAAAUGGAAUCACCUGGACUUCUUAUGGGGUCUCAAUGUCAAAGAGAUACUGUAUAAUACGGUUAUCGAUGACAUUGUUAGUGCGUAAUUCGGCAGAGAAAAAAGCAACUCAACACAAAUAAAGAAAACACUUGUGAUAACUAG